ACGCUCGGCAGGCUUAAACAGUUUUACUAUUGGCCACGAAUGGCCGUGCAAGUCAAAAAUUACAUUGCUGCAUGUGAUACGUGUAAGGAGGCGAAACAUACCACGCAGACGACCAGACCAACUAUGGGAGCAGAGGUGUGCACGUCGCGGCCGAUACAGAAGCUGUAUCUGGACUUCCUGGGCAAAUAUCCACGAUCCCGAAAAAGUAAUGCCUAUAUUCUAAUAGUGUUGGAUCACUUUACUAAGUUUGUGUGGCUCAAAACUAUGCCAAAAGCGACGUCCGCAGCGACAAUAAAGUUCUUGAGGGAGGAACUCUUUAACACGUUUGGAGUACCGGAGAUAGUACACACCGACAACGGGAAACAGUUUACCUCCAAGGAGUUCGAGGAAAUGGUGUCCCAUUUCGGGAUCACACAUACGCGGACAGCAGCCUAUUCACCCCAAGCAAACGCGUCGGAGCGGGUGAAUCAGUCUAUUUUGACGGCGAUAAGAACACAUGUUGGCGAGGAUCACAGCUAGGGAGAUACAAUACCGACCAGGACAGGAGGUGUGGAAGCGCAACUUCGUUCUCAGCGACUUCAGGCGAAAUAUAAAUGCAAAAUUCUGCAAAAGGUAUUCUCGAUGCAGG